CGAAGAGUGGCAACAGCUGUACUGUGUUGGAUGGAGACCAGACAACUGGACCAGUUUCAUUGUUUUCACUGUCUAUAGCCUUUUGAAAAUCUGGGGCAGCGCUGCCACUUACCAGCACAAUAUGCAGUCAUGUAUUCGUUGCAUUUACAGCCUAAUAGGCUGUAGUAUUAUCAGUGUAAUAGCAGUGUAGGUAACGUUAGCUAGGACAGAAAUAGACAGCUCUCAAGGAACCUGCUUUGUGUGUAGUAAUCGGCAGUUUGCUGUUUCUCUGGGAUGCAUUUCUCCAAGAAAUGUUCCGCCUUCAAAGUGGUGCUGAGUGCUCUGCUGAUAGUGGCGCUCCUACAACUCAUAUACCUGUCCUUCCUGUCCAGGUUUCACGGUAAACAGCAACAGUACAGAUACUCUGAGCUCUUUGGAGGCUCUGGAGCCAAGAAAAAUGCGCAUGCCGAGAAAAACUCGCGGAAAGAGCGUCUGAGGUACUCGCUGUCCACUGGUGGGAUCUUCGACAACAGUGGUCAGUAUCGGGUGUACAAGAACUUGAUAAAAAGUGAUUUCACCACAAACCAGAAACCAGGAUCCGACCCUAGCCACAAUGUCCUGGCGUUAGCCACACACACUACCAUCAACAACCUGCAUCACCUGGAAUCUCUUCUGGAGAGGUGGCAGAACCCACUCUCUGUGGCCAUAUUCGCACAUGGGCAAGAUGUCAAGUUUGCCACAGCUCUGGUCUAUGCACUCAGCUUCUUCUGCCCUCAGAUCCAAGCCCUAGUGGACUUCCAUCUGGUAUGCCUCUCAGGAGAGAUGGCUAGUUUCCCUGAACAGGACCGUGAGCAUUUUGCAGGACUUGAGGACUGUGCCUCUGUGUUCUCCAGGCUGGAGACCCACAGUGAUAAAUACAAGAACUAUGCCAUCAGUGGAAACAUCUCCUACCCCAACAACCUUCUUCGUAAUGUUGCUCGAGGAGGAACAGAGUCCUCUUACAUCCUGGUCAUUGACAUCGACAUGAUGCCGAGUGCUGACCUGCACCAGCAGUUCCUGUCCAUGAUCAUGAAGCGCGAGGCAGCAAGUGAUGAAGUGUUUGUGUUGCCUGCUUUCGAGAUCCGCCACGCCAGGAAGAUUCCUGCCACAAAGGCCGAGCUGGUCCAGCUCUACCAGGUGGGUGAGGUUCGGCCGUUUUAUGAAGAGCUGUGUCCUCGCUGUCAGGCUCCCACCAAUUACUCACAGUGGGUUAACAGCCACGUCAAAGAGACAGGCACCCUGGAGGUCGCCUAUAUGCUCACCUGGGUGGACCCCUGGGAGCCUUUCUACAUCGGGCCCCGCACUGUGCCCCUCUAUGAUGAGAACUUCAAGCAGUAUGGCUUCAAUCGCAUCAGCCAGGCCUGCGAGCUCCAUGUGGCAGGAUACCGGUUCUCUGUGCUGAGCUCAGCCUUCGUGGUGCAUCGGGGCUUCAAAAUCCAGGGGGAGUUCCAUGCCAGGAAAGAUGAGGAGAACAAACGCAACCGGGCUCUGUUCCGCAGCUUCAAAGAGGGCCUGAAGUCCAAAUACCCAUCCUCCCCCAGACGAUGCUGAAAGAUGAUGAGGAUUCUGUAUCCUGCCUGUAUCAGUCUCUAACGAAAUCAGUAUUCUGCUGAAAUGAUGGACGUACAUUUUUCUUAUCCUAAUUUUUCUGUGAUUUCCUGUGAUGAUGGCACAGUAGCAUCUUAAGAUAAUCCAGCUCCUGGCUUUAUUUUAAGUCUCUCUGACAAUGAGCAUGCUCUCCGAGGAUUUCAGAGAGCGUUGUGCUAGUUGGGACUGAAAAGAAGAAACGAUCAUGCAGUGGAAAACUGGCCAGUCACUCUUAACAUUACAGUUUUUUAAUCAAACACAUAUUUAAAACCUAGAUGACACUGACUGACUGACGUUACAAGCACAUGUUCUAUUUUAAAACAUUUUUGAGCUUGUCUGUAGGCAAAAAUAAACACAAAAGGCCUGUUUCCAGCAAAGGAACCUUCCCAGAGGAACAGGAACCUUUUGUGGAACUUACACUAUGUUCACAUGACAGGCCUUGGUGUUCAAUUCUGAUCUUUUUGUCAGAUCCAGUAUUUUUCUGUUCAUGGUUCACAUUCAUGUAUCCAGCUCCAGUGUGAACAGAGGUCUUAAACUGCCAUGCAUGCACAGAACAACGUCAUUUGUGCAACGGUCAAAUCGCACAAUUUCCUCACAGACUGUUGGGUUACAACAUGUUUCCUCCAUCUUGGCGUGGUCAGAAUGUGAAGUGUCUUCAUCUCUCCACUGACCCCCAUUGCUGCUGUUGCUGUCCUCCAUGUUUAUUUUAACUGGUCUGUGAAACCUAACGCAGACUGAUGACAACAGGCGCAGAGUGAAUCAGUGGAAAACCCACAUGAAUUCUGAUCUGACCGUUCUGACAGAGGUCGCACGGUCAGAGAUGGGAUAUGAAUUGCAUCUAAGACUACAUAUGCAAGUGGCCCAGAUCUGAUUUGAAAAAGAAAAAAAAUAGGAUUUGCUUUGUUCACAUCUGUGAAAAGAUCAGAUCUGAGUCACUUGAACGGGGUAAAAAUCUGAUUUCAGUCAGAUUAAUUCAGUUUUAUUUGUAUAGCGCCAAAUCACAGCAAAAGUAAACUCAGGACACUUUAC